CAAGGACGAUUCAUAUGCAGAAGGUUUAUACAUGGAAACCCCCAAACUGUUGUGAAUCUUCAGGCAAACAAUUCUGAUCAAUCGAUUGAAAUUGAAGAAGAAGAAGAAGAAUGAGGCGAAGACCUGGAAUUGGUGGUUUACAGACCGCCGCCGCAGCUAGGGAUCAGUAUCGGUUGCUCGGAGAAAAUGUAGCGAAGUUGAGAACUGAUCUUAUGAAAGAACAGCUUGCGACUUUUCGCUCUCAGUUGGAAGACUUUGCUCGCAAACACAAGAAUGACAUACGCAAGAAUCCUGCAUUCAGGUCACAGUUCCAUGAGAUGUGUGCUAAAGUUGGAGUAGAUCCCUUAGCCUCAAAUAAGGGUUUCUGGGCGGAGCUGCUAGGGAUUGGUGACUUCUACUAUGAACUAGGGGUGCAAAUUGUUGAUAUUUGUUUGGGUACCAGACCCCAUAAUGGGGGUUUGAUCAACUUGGAGGAACUCUGUAAAUUGCUUUGUCAGAGGCGAAAGAGUGCUCGUGAAGCUGUGUCCGAGGAUGAUUGCUUGCGUGCCAUUAGUAAGCUGAAGGUAUUAGGUAGUGGUUAUGAGGUGAUCUCUGUUGGAAAGAGAAAGCUUGUUCGGUCGGUUCCAACUGAGUUAAAUAAAGACCACAAUGAAAUUUUAGAGCUGGCCCAGGCUCAGGGCUUUGUGACGGUUGAAGAGGUAGAGAGAAGGCUGUCCUGGUCCUCUGGUCGUGCCACCGAUGCCCUUGAAACUUUGUUGGACGAAGGUCUUGCUAUGAUUGAUGAUGGUCACAGAGAUGGCAAACGACGGUAUUGGUUCCCAUGUGUAUCUUCUAUCUCCGCUUAUGUAGGAGCUGAAACAAUGUAAGAUUUUAUAUUUCCGUCAUUUAGAGUUUUAUCAUUGUAUUGGUGAUGAGAUGUUUUAAGUGAAUAUAUUCAUCAUUUCUUUUUGUAAUAUUAACCAUAAAUGGCUGUUGUUGAACAAUAGAAAAAUAUUCCUACUUUUACUGAAA